CUGAGAGAUGAAACAGUGAAGAUGGGUGAUUGGAACUUGCUAGGAAGCAUUUUGGAAGAGGUGCACGUUCACUCAACGAUCGUGGGGAAAAUCUGGUUAACAAUCUUGUUCAUUUUCAGGAUGUUGGUUCUUGGGGUGGCCGCCGAAGAUGUCUGGGUUGACGAGCAGGCUGAAUUCAUCUGCAAUACAGAGCAACCAGGCUGCAGAAAUGUCUGCUACGAUAAGGCUUUCCCGAUCUCUCUCAUUAGGUACUGGGUCUUACAGGUCAUCUUCGUGUCCUCCCCUUCUUUGGUUUACAUGGGUCACGCACUCUACCGGCUAAGAGCACUGGAGAAAGAAAGGCAGCGCAAGAAAGCCCACAUCCGAGCCGAGCUGGAAGACACGGAGGCGAUGCUGGAAGAGCACAAAAGGCUGGAGAAAGAACUGAGAAAGUUGGAAGAGCAGCGCAAGGUAAACAAGGCGCCACUCCGGGGUUCACUCUUACGCACGUACGUCCUCCAUAUUUUGACCAGGUCAGUGGUGGAAGUCGGCUUCAUGGUGGGCCAAUGCAUCUUGUACGGAUUUCGGCUUGAUCCCCUGUACAAAUGCCUGCGUUCGCCCUGCCCCAAUACGGUGGAUUGUUUCGUUUCCAGGCCCACAGAGAAGACUAUUUUCAUCGUCUUCAUGCUCAGCAUUGCUGCCUUCUCCUUGUUUUUGAAUAUACUUGAAAUUAUUCACCUAGGCAUCAGGAAGAUCAAACAAGGUCUUUACCUGGACUCAGAGCUAAGUAUCUGCAGAUCCAAGAAAAACUCAGUUGUACAGCAGGCUUGCAUCAUGGCCAAUUCCUCUCCUCACAAACUUGUCCCAACGGUCCUCAGCGGUUAUAAACCUUUGCCAGAACAGGGAGAUCCUGCACAUCUCUCGAUCUGCCUGCCUCCGACGAUGACGCUUGGAGUAACUAAAGAUUACUUCCAAAGGUCCCAUCCUAAUGAGCAUGAUUCAAAAGCAGCGAUACUAUUGAUAAUGCAUUUGGAACAAGCUAAGGUAACUAUGUACCAUGCAAGCCAAUCAGAAAUCCCAGCCACCAUCCGCAAUACUCUUCGCAAACAGAGCAGAGUCAGUUGUUAUAAAGACUAUCUGGAAGAUUGUGGUGAUUCUCAAGAUGGCACCAUGAGGAGGGCAAGCUGCACUGGGAUGAAAUCAAAGAAGAUCUCAGAAAGCACAAUCGCUAGCCGCCCUGAAAGUCCAUGUUCUACAAACGGCUCUAGCACUGAGUCAAAGCAUAAAGAAGAAAGUCCACCUGUUACCCCACCUCCUGCAGGACGCAGAAUGUCAAUGAGCAUGCUCCUAGAGCUUUCUUCCAUCAUGAAAAAAUGA